UCGAACAAACCACAUUCAACCUAUGUUCGUAUAAUUCUCGAUGAUGUCCAGAAACCAUCAACACUAUAUUGAAAAACGUUAAAAGUACUCUAUUAGCUGUAUUCAAUUACGCCUUAUAUUUCAAAGCAGAGUUUUGCUGCGACUUUUGUCCUCGCUUUCGUUUCUCAUUCACAGCAAGAAUCGCGUUUCUACAGGAUUUUAUUGAUAAAGAAGUAAUGGGAGAGCACUUAGUUUUGUGCGUUGACCGACUCAUUACCCCUGAAUCGGUUCAAACACUGCAAUGGUCAGAAUCUGCAGGACCUUCAGGAGGUAGUUCUUACUCUCCCAAGGACCAUAAGGUUGAUAUUGAGGAUUUGAAACUAGAGGGUGCUGGUGAAGAUAAGCCGCUGCUGCUUCAGAGUGUUGAAUGCCGCAUUUGCCAAGAGGAAGAUGAUCUUAGCAAAUUGGAAGUUCCUUGCGCUUGCAGUGGCAGCUUGAAGAAAAUGGAGAACCCAAUAUUGCCUAACAACAACAAUGAAGAUGAAAAUGUUGGAAACAAUAGUGGUGGGAGUGGCAACAAUGUUGCACAUUUCCACCACGCACCGGUGAACACUGGUUCACUGUCCGGUGGUAGCACCGAGGGGUACAUUCCCACGAUACGGGUACCAGUUUCGGUACCAAGUGGUUCGGUUGAGAAGCCGGAGAAGUUCACUGGAUCGAACUUCAAGAGGUGGCAGCAAAAGAUGCUGUUCUACUUGACAACUCUCGGCUUGGCACGGUUCUUGAUCGAGAGGGUUCCUGAGUUAAAGGAACAGGAUGCACAAUCUGUGAUAGCGGUUGGCAUAUGGAAGGAUUCUGACUUUCUUUGUCGUAACUACAUUCUUAACGGAUUGUGUGAUGCGUUAUACGAUGUAUAUCGCAAAAUUGGCACAGCGAAAGCGUUGUGGGAAGCCUUGGAUCAUAAGUACCAAAACGAGGAUGCCGGCGCAAAGAAAUUUGUUGUCGGUCGUUUUCUCGACUUUAAAAUGGUUAAUUCCAAGACCGUGCUUAGUCAAGUUGAAGAUUUGCAGUUAAUCUUUGACGAGAUCCAUGACAAAGGCAUGGUAGUGAGUGAAGCGUUCCAAGUGGAAUCUGUAAUCCACUUGUUGCCUCUAGGAUGGAAGGACUUCAAGCAUUACCUGAAGCAAAAGCGAAAGGAAAUGAACUUGGAAGACUUGAUCCAACGACUCUGAAUUGAGGAGGGGAUCAGGAAAGAUGAUGGGAAAUGUCCUGUCAUUAGUGGCGCUAAGGCUAACGUUGUGGAGCACGGUAAAAGCUCCAAAAAAGUCAAGAAAGACAAGCAGAAGCUAGGUCCAAAAGGAGGCGUUGCCAAAACAAAAUUUUAUGGUAAAUGCUUCAACUGUGGCAAGAAUGGCCACAAGUCAGCUGAUUGCAAGGCUCCAAGGAAGAAGACCAAGAGCUUACGUUGAGGAGCGAGAAGGUGUAGAUAGGAAACUCUGAGCUCUGCUUAGUCUGUUGUGGAGGGCAUGGGCAAGGGGUUCUAAAGAUGACUUCCUGGAAGGAAUUGACAUUGAGCGCAUGUGUAUGUUCCAGAGCUAAGGAAGAAUCUGGUGUCUGACUCGUUGUUGAACAAGCAUAGUUUCAAGAUGGUCUUUGAUCGGAUAAAAGUAAUUUUUUUUUAAAAACUAGGAAUGCUUGUUGGUAAAGGUUAUGUACUUGAUGGGCUUUUUAAGCUCAGUGUUUUGCCUAUUUUCAUUAAUAUAAGCAAAG